AUGAACGCGGCGCGGGGCGGCGGAGCGGGGGACGGGUCGCGCGAUGCGUCGAAGAAGUCGAGCAAGCGGUCCACCGGCAGCCGGCGGAGUGGCGCUUCCAAGGGCGGAUCAAGCACAGCAGCGGGUGAGCGAUCAGUGCGGCGCCUGCGGCUGUCCAAGGCGCUAACGUUGCCCGACUCCACCACCGUGGCGGACGCGUGUCGGCGAAUGGCCAACCGCCGCGUGGACGCGUGCCUGCUCACCGACUCCAGCGCGCUGCUCUGUGGCAUCAUGACGGAUCGGGACUUGGCGUUGAAGUGUGUGGGCGAGGGCUUGGAUGUGAACAGCACGCUGGCGUCAGCAGUGAUGACCAAGAACCCCACCUUCGUCACUAUUGACUCCUCUGCUGUGGACGCACUGCAACGCAUGGUGCAGGGGAGGUUCCGCCACCUCCCUGUGAUAGAGGAGGGAGAGGUGGUGGCAUUACUGGACAUCACGCGGUGUCUGUACGACGCCAUUGCCAAGAUGGAGCGCGCUGCAGAGAGGGGCGACGCCCUCGCUGCUGCCAUGGAGGGCGUGGAGAGGCAGUGGGGGGGCAACGCCGCCAUGGGCUUCGUGGAGACGUUUCGGGACAAGGUGUUCCGGCCCACACUCGCGACAGUGCUGGGGGAAGAACCCAGGCUGGCUACAGUACUGAAGACGGACCUAGUACGCACAGCAGCAAGGAGGAUGAGGGAGAGCCGAGUGAGCUCAGUGAUUGUCACCAACGGCGCCACCAACCGCCCCUGCGGCAUCCUCACGUCCAAGGACAUUCUCACGCGAGUGCUCGCACUUAACCUGCACCCAGACACCACGCUCAUUGACAAGGUGAUGACGCCGAAUCCAGAGUGUGUGCUGCUGAGCACGCCAGUAGUGGACGCCCUUCACACUAUGCACGACGGCAGGUUUCUGCACCUCCCCGUUGUUGACCCAGAUGGCAACUGUGUGGCAUGUGUAGAUGUGCUGCAGCUCACUCAAGGCGCCAUGUCCUCCGCUGCUGCAGCGUCGGGGUCGGAGAGUGGUGAUGCCAUGGGGCAGCUCAUGCAGCGCUUCUGGGAUUCCGCCCUCGCCCUGCCGCCUGCUGACACCGAGGAAGACACCGCCAGUGUGCGCAGCAGUGACAUGUCAGACCAGGUGCGCCCCUCAGGCAGUAGAAGGCGAGGAGGCGGUGCCUCAGCAGGAGCAGCACCAGGAGGAGCCGGAGCAGCAGCAGCCGGUGCUGGUGCUGGUGGUGCUGGGGCCGGGGCAGGCAUGGGAGCCGGCAUGGGAGGAGUCGGAGGAGGAGGAGGGAUAGGGAUGGUGGGGGGCCUGGGCGAGGAUCUGUUUUCGUUCAAGCUGGAGGACCGGAGGGGACGCGUGCACCGAUUCACAGCAGGCAGUGAGAGCAUGACGGAGCUUGUGUGCGCCGUGGCGUCUAGGCUGGGGGGUGACUACGACCCCGACAACCCUCCCUCCAUUCUGUAUGCGGAUGAGGACAAUGACAUGGUGGUCAUAUCCACCGAUGAGGAUCUGCAUGCGGCUGUCAAGUUCGCCAAGGCCACUGGCAUUAAGGCUGGUGCUCGGGAUGCCGCACCGCAGUAUCCCCUUGUUCUAUUGCAUCCUCAUCCCCUCAUCGUGGUCAUAUCCACCGAUGAGGAUCUGCAUGCGGCUGUCAAGUUCGCCAAGGCCACGGGAAUCAAGGUAUCCUGA